AUGGAGGGCCCAAUCAAUGUCGCGCGAGAACAGUAUGAGCCCUUGAGCGAAGAGGAGAUCAACGCAUUCUUCGACGACCUUGACACGGACAAAGAUGGCUCGAUCACGUUUGAGGAGCUAGAAGCGAAGCUCCAUCAUGUGCACAAAGAGCUGGCGCCUGAUCCGAAGAAGCACCACCUCAUCCACCCAGCGAGAAGGGAUCUAGAAAAGGGCAAAGGACACAGCGGCGAUGGUCUGCACGACUUCCUGUGUAGCCUACUGCCGGAAUGCCAGUCCAGCAUUAACAGGACAGACUUUGUCGAACGCGUAAAGACUUGGAAAGUUCCAAGCCAGAAGCAGACGGACAGCAAAGAGCAAGAUGACAAAGACACUGCUGAGGAGCGCCGUAUGCCAUGGAGAAGACGGAUAAGAGCAUACUGGACUGUCCAUGGCCCGGUAUAUUGCUUUAUGGCCUUCGUGGUCGCACUCCAAAUCGCCUUUGGCGUCUGGCAGAUGGUCAUGUACAUCCAGAAUCCGGUGGCUCGAGCAGCGUUUGGCUGGGGCGUUAUUGUGGCCAAAGUCGCUGCUGGUGUACUUUUUCCGACGCUGUUCUUCAUGUUGUUGAGCAUGAGCAGGCACUUCUCGACCUUUCUGAGGAGGAGCUACAUCAUCAGCCGCUUCAUCAACUGGGACUUGAGCCAGGCGUUUCACAUCCGGAUGAGUCUCUGUGGCCUGUUCUUCGCCAGCUUGCAUGCGAUCGGGCAUUUGACCGGGACAUUCUUGACUGGGUCGCGUGCUGGGCGACAGGACGCUGUUGCGACGGCUCUGGGCCCAGGUGCAGUGCCACGGCCUUAUACGGCAUACGUAUCUAGCUUGCCUGGCUGGACUGGACUCACAGCGCUCGGGCUGUUCUGGGUAAUCAGUCUGAUGAGCGUGCCCUUCAUUCGGACCAAGAGCUACGAGCUGUUCCAGCUGGCGCAUCUUCUCAUGUUCCCAAUGAUUGGUUUACUUUGUGCUCAUGGGACCGCUGCGCUCUUGCAGACACCUAUGCUCGGGUACUGGCUAGCGUUCCCAGCAUUGUUGGUCUUGUUCGAAAGGUCCUGGCGGUUAAUUAAGGGCUUCAUGAGCAUACCAGCAAGAGGGAGAAUUCUAGACAGCGAUACGGUAGAGAUUACCUGUAAACACCCGCAGGGCAAGGACUGGCACUAUUCCGCUGGGCAGUACGUCCUCCUGCAAGUGCCCAAGAUCUCAUGGUUCCAGUGGCACCCCUUUACCAUCUCAUCCUGCCGUGGCAACAUCCUGAAAGUCCACAUCAAACUUGACGGCGAUUGGACGAACAAGCUGGCAGAAGUUCUACCAACGGACGAGGACUUCCGAGUAGGCAUAGACGGUCCUUUCGGCGCCCCGGCGCAACGCUUCUACGACUACGACUACUCUAUAAUCGUCGGCGGCGGUAUCGGCAUCACACCCUUCUCCGCCAUCCUAACAAACCUCGAAGAGAGCUUCCUCACCGAACGCGACCCAUGGGCAGAACGCAGACGCUCCCGCUCCCUCUCUCGGCCCAGCUCCCGCCGAAGCAGCAAGGUCGCCUCCGACAGCGAGCCCGAGCAAAUGUCGGCGUCCCAACUCCCACGCCACGGCAAUCCCGACCGCCGCGUCGACUUCCACUGGACCGUCAGAGAAAAGAACCAACUCCUCUGGUUCUCCGACCUCCUCAAUCGGGCCAUCGACGGCGUCUACCCCCUCGCCAAAAACGGCAACCUCGAGCUCAACAUCAACACCCACAUCACCGCCAAGCGGAAGAACAUCAGCACACACAUCUUCCGGUACUUGCUAGAUUCGUACCGUACGCCUGCGGCCCCUUACUCGGCUCUGACGGGGCUGAAGCAGCCUUCGCAUUUCGGACGGCCGGAUUUCGAUGCGGUUUUGGAGAGGCAUUUUUUGGAGCUGGUGGAGAAUGGGGUUAGGGAGAAGAAGAUUGGGGUUUUCUACUGUGGAACGCCUAUCGUAGGCGAGAUCCUAUCGGACAAGUGUCACAUGUUGACGGCAAAGGCGAGGGCGAUGGGGCUCAGGAUUCGAUACGACUUCUUGAUCGAGGUGUUUGGAUAG